AUGCCAACACUCGGAGCUCUGUUCGGACGUAAAGCUCCAUGGCUUAAUUCGAAGAGCCGAAUGGGAAUGUACGAUGACUACACCGAGCCAGACGUCUAUUUGCAGGCAGACCAAAUAUUCCGAUGGGAGGAGUUCACAUUUAGACGUUGCUCCCGCGCCCUGAACCCCAUUAUGACGGCCAAACCCGGUCCAAUAUCCCUAUACUUCCCCGAUCGGCGCCACAUAGGGACAGUGGACUCCUUUUUCGACGCAUGGCAGUGCGAGAUCAUGAACCAGCUGGCAGUGCAAAUGGCACCUAGCCUCCAAAGUGUCCUACCCGCCUUUGAGUGUUCCAUGCAGAAUUUCCGCUUUGGUCACAUGAUAUCAGAACUCUACCUCGAAAACAGGACGAUCGAAGUGCCGGACUGGGGCAUGAAGAACGAUCAAAACUGGUUCGUCGUGGGUUGUACCAUCGACGACUACAUGUGGUCAACCAACCAGCCGAGAGUUCGUCGUGGUGCAAGGGAAGGCGGUGACGCGGCGGAUGAAGAAGAAUCAGAGCUGCAGCCCCGACUGGGGGCGCGUUGGCAGUCGGUCCCGUUCCACAGCCAUGGCCAGGACAGACUGACGGGGACUUUCGCCUUGUUUGUGCUCUUCUUGGGCAGCUUGAGCCAUGAGGAUCGCCAUAUCUGUGAUCUAGAGACGACAGAGGCGGAUAACUUGUGGGAUCGGUUGCGCGCUCUCACAGAGAUGAUUGCUUGA